UCAUAAUGUAGUGACCGUCUUUUCUGCAGAAUUAUGGCGAAUUAUCGACCUUUUUCUGAUCGAUCUAAGUGCUCUGUUCCACCAAUGAACACUCAUCAGUGAUAAGAAUUAUUCAAAGCUACGUUAUUGUACACAAAUUGCUCCAGAUUGGAAGAUUGAAGUUAAGACUACUGCGCAUUUCAGGAAGAAAAUUAGCACGCGUCGGGUUUGAUUCAAAGACCAAUCUUCUUAAACUUCUUGCUGAAAGAAUUAGUGCAAGAGGAAAUUUGUGAGUCUGAAAAGAAAUGGAUGACAGACAUCGGAAAAUAUUGCUCACGUGUUGGAAAAAGCUCAGAAAAGACUUGGAACCAAAGAAACUAUAUCCUUAUUUAACAGAAGUAUUGAACUACUCAGACAUCGAAGAGUUGAAAGCGAUAUCCCUAAGAGAGGAUUGCGUAGACAAGCUACUAGAACAACUUCCCCGAAAAGGGCCAAAAGCUUUUGGCAUCUUUGUGAAAGCUCUGCAAGAAACACAAGCACACUUGGCUACAACUUUGCGAGAUGCAGAGGUGGAAAUGAUGUCGGAAGAACUGACAGUAGAAAGAGCGAGUAGUGCGAAGAGAAGAAACGAAGCUGAUCAAGUUAAAGCAGCUUUGAAACAAGAGCAA